GUGUAUUCGGCACAAAAGCAGGAUGAUCUCCUACAGGCUGUUGCUACAACUCUCCAAUCCACCCUUCACCUCAUGUCUACUCACCUUCUCGUGCUCGUGCACGGAAUGUGGGGAAACCCCAAUCAUCUCGCCGAGCUGCAUCGCAUAAUAACGGAAACACAUCCCGAGCUGCACGUUCUCGUAUCGAAGACCAACAGCGAAGAGAACACGUACGACGGAAUUGAUCUCGGCGCGGAGAGGGUCGCUCAAGAGAUCUACGAUGAAGUGGCCAAGUUGGAUGCAGAUGGCCGCAAAGUCAACCAGUUCUCCAUCACAGGUUACAGUUUGGGAGGUCUGGUAUCCCGCUAUGUUAUCGGCAUCUUGCGACAGCGAUCGUUUUUCGACCACAUAGCGCCAAUCAACUUCAACACCUUUGCGACUCCUCACAUCGGUCUGGUCCGAUAUGCGUCAUUUUUCUCGUCCAUGGCAUCGUUUUUGGGCCCGAAGCUUUUGUCUCGGACUGGUGAACAGUUCUACUGCGUGGAUAAAUGGUCAGCAAAAGGACGGCCUCUGCUUGAAGUCAUGGCCGAUCCAGACCGUAUCUUCUAUCAGGCCCUCGCUUCAUUCAAAAGCAUUCAGAUAUAUGCGAAUGCUUUGAACGAUAUGACCGUGCCUUACGUGACAGCGGCCAUUGACUUGCACGACCCUUUUGUAACGAUGACUGCCACAGGAUUGAACGUGCAAGUCGUACUAUCUUCAACCUUUCAAUCAUGUUCUGAUCAAGCUUAGAGAUCUGGAUGAAGAGUUUAGUCCACUCAUCAAGUCCUAUUCAACACCACUAGAACCUCCCGUUCUACCGUCGAAGCCUGUUGUCUUUUCUCCUGGUUGGUUCAAGUCUCUGAAAGCGCCCAUGCUCCCCCCAUUUUUACAAUUCCGAUUCCCUCUCAAUCUGCUUGUUUACACCUUACUUCCGCUGCUCAUUCCUACCUUCAUGACGCUGGCCCUGCUACGUCUGUCGCUCUCUGCGCGGUCAUCCCGGGCACGUAUCCGAUUGCUGGACAGCGACGAAAAGAACGUUUCUACGAGACUUGCUGCGGUCAUCGCUGAUCUGGAGCGCCAGAUGGAGGAUGCUGUGAUUGACUUGAUUGAAGAGCCAGAACCUGUGUCCACGAAGGAGUCAACUACAGGCUUGAAGGAGCAGCCAAAGCUGCUUCCAUCGCAGCGCCGCAUGGCACAACAGCUGAAUCAGCUGCCGAUACACAAAUACCGCGCAUUCUUUCCUACAGUCAGAAACAGCCACGCCGUGAUCAUAUCUCGUGAUGUUCGCAACUUUGAGUUCCACAAACAGGGGCAUGGGAUCAUUAGACAUUGGGCUACCACAUUUAUUCUCUAGAUCUAGAUUCUGUACAGCUACUAUCUUAUCUAAUUCGUAUACUGUACACUGCCACCGAUUGGCGGCUUUCCC